AUGAACACCCUCUUUACCAUCGCCUUAUGUUUGACCUUCGCCGCCACCACCCUUGCUUUUAAUCCAAUGAUGGGCGGUAUGGGUAUGAUGGGUGGUAUGGGUAUGAUGGGAGGUAUGGGUAUGAUGGACCCCUACAUGAUGGGUAUGGGAGGACUUGGUAUGAUGGGAGGUAUGGGGGGACUUGGUAUAGGUAUGGGAGGUAUGGGUAUGAUGGGUGGUAUGUACAACCCAAUGAUGAUGGGUUAUGGUGGACUCGGUAUGCUCGGUGGAAUGGGCGGAUACGGUAUGAUGGGCGGUAUGCUCGGUGGAAUGGGCGGAUACGGCGGUAUGGGUAUGAUGGGAGGUAUGGGUAUGAUGGACCCCUACAUGAUGGGUAUGGGAGGACUUGGUAUGAUGGGAGGUAUGGGAGGACUUGGUAUGAUGGGAGGUAUGGGAGGUAUGGGUAUGAUGGGUGGUAUGUACAACCCAAUGAUGAUGGGUUAUGGUGGACUCGGUAUGCUCGGUGGAAUGGGCGGAUACGGUAUGAUGGGCGGUAUGCUCGGUGGAAUGGGCGGAUACGGUAUGAUGGGAAAAUAA